UCAUUGCGGUGCCUUGUUUUGUUGCGGAGCACGGGCUCUAGGUGUGUGGGCUUCAGUAGUUGUGGCUCGCGGGCUCUAGAGCACAGGCUCAGUAGUUGUGGCGCACGGGCUUAGUUGCUCAGCGGCAUGUGGGAUCUUCCCAGGCCGGGGCUCGAACCUUUGUCCCCUGCAUUGGUGCAACCACUGCACCACCAGGGAAGCCCUUAUGGACUAUUUUUAUGUGACAUGGUCACAUGUACAUGAGGUGCUAAUGCUGAAAUAUAUGUGUGCAAGGUGUGACCCCCUUAAUGGGUUAAAUACAAUUGAAUAACUAGAGAAAUUUAUACCAAAAUAUGAAUUUUGGAAUCUCCCUCAGAAAAUCAAGUUAAAAUUAGGCUUUUCGAAACAGAUUCUUUCUUGUGAGAAAUGAGCUUGUAACCCAUCAGAGAGUUAAGUGAGCCAUACUCACUGUUGUAUGUGUUUAUGAGGCUCUAAGCCUGAGACUCCCCUUUCUCAGCUUCUCACGACUCAUGUUCAGGCGCUAAGCACCGCUUGCUGCUGGUGCUGUGGGCCUGGCAUUUGCGGGCGUGGGAGAAAGUGUGCAUCAGUGCGUGCAGGGGUGGAGGGGUGGGUGGUUUGUGUGAGUAGAAAAUACAUGACCUUUCCGAAAACUGUUCAGAAACGUGGAGGAAGGAAGCAAGAGUGUUGGCAGUCUGGUGGGUUUUAAUAGAAUCAGCAAUGAAUGCUUGGUAUGGAUAAUCCCCGAUGGCGGUGGGCAGAAGGGGGAGAAUACAAUUGAAGCUUAGCCGGCCACAGCAGGGUGAGAAUGAUUUGAGGGCCACUGCUGAAAUCAGGGAGGACCAGAUACUCUCCCACUCCCACACGGGUAGCACCUCCUGGAAUUCUCUGGCAGCUUGUUACUGAAUGUUUGAGCUGCUGUGGGGACUGCACUCUAUGCAGGGCUGUCGCUGAAGGAGCACUCAUUAGUAUCUGAGAAAUUGCCCAUAUGUCAUUGGGUCUAAGACACUAUGGAUUAUAAGGGCACAUCAUUAUUUUAUAUACUACUAAGAAAGAAAGUGCCCUGCUAAUUAACUUGUAACACACUAACUUCAGCGAUAUUAAAAAUGUUGAAAAUACAUGUCUUUGAAUCGGUGAAAUAAAGUAGCCAAUUAACAAUACCAGGCUAUAACCUGAGAGUUGCCACAAGUUGCCAAAUAGUUAAUAGCCAGUGAGUAGGUACCCAGAAUGCACGGUGAGGCCACGGGAUGCAUUUCUCAGGGAAGGGGCCCCAUGGCCUUGGGCAGUAUUUUCCCAGAACCUGGAACACAUUCAGUGAGGUGGUUAGGUGUAUGCCGAUGUAAAACGCAUCCUUACGUGUGGAGGUUAUUUGCUCUUUAGUUCUCUUUGAAGCUUUCUGAUGAUAUCAGGAGAUAAACUUGGUUUGGUCCUAGUACGUAUGUAACACCUUUCUGAUUCUUGCUAAUCUCCCUUUAUUUCAACAGAGAGAACACGGCUUCAGCUCAGAGUGCAGCAGCCCAUGACUUAAGCUAGAAUUUAAUAACCUUGUUUUGUUUUCCUUUUUUAUUACCAUCAAGAUUUGGCAGGUAAUAAUGGUUUUCCACUUAUAAUACUGAAGAGUUUAUAUUCAAAAUGAAGUCAUUUUAAUAAAAGAAAAAAUGGCAGAUUAAAGAAAAAACAUGAAAUGGAUAAUUUGUUGAAGAUGGUGAGUGGAUGGUUGAGGUUUGGGAAACACGGGCCUCUGGCACCAGUGGGAUUUGAGCCGGGCUUUUGUGGGUGGAUAGGACUUGGAAAGACAGAAAGGGGGAGGCUCUGCCUUACCGUAGAUACUAUUUAAUAUGCUCUUUGGGUAAUUUUUUUCUUAUUUCUUCUUUCUUUAUUUAAAUAGCAAGGCAAGUUGGCUAGAAACUCAUUGUUUAAAGAAUGUCAGUGUGAAAUAGGAGAACUUCACUCAGCAAGGUUCAUAUAUAAAUAGUUGGUUUGUUUUAAAGUAUGUGCUUGUUUCUGUGACUGUACCUCUAGGGCCAGUAGCCUCUUUAUUUGACGUUCCAAAAAUACAUAUGGCUUUUCAAGUAUCAUAAACCUUUGGCGGAGGUGUUACUUCCCUUCUGUGUUUGGUGCAGACACCUCCUGUCAGAAGCGGGUUAGCUUCCCACGCUUUUUCUUCUGGUCACAGUUUUUUAGAAGUCAUUUGGAACACUCUGUAGCAGGCCUUAUCUGUACAAGAUAGAUGGCUGAGUGAGAUUGUUAAUCUGUCAAAGGGUGAGGUUCAAAACUAUGUCAACAGGCUGGAUGGCUGAGAUGAAAGCAUUAAGAUAUAAUCCAACCGAUAUAAAUUUAAGUUUAAAAAACUCCUCUAUAGGAGUGUAGUUUUGGGGAACUGACUCAAGAGGACUUCAGAGGAAAAAGGCUUUGUUAUUCUAGUUGACAGUAAGUAGAGGCUAGAUGCCCAUCUUUUCUUUAAGUAUAUGAAGGCUGUUGAUUUUUUGUGUUGAUUUUGUAUCCUGCCAUCUUACUGAUUUAUUUCAUUUGAGUUAGUUUUAUUAUUUAUUCUUUAGGGUUUCCAAAUACCGUCACAUCAACUGCAAAUAGAGAUGACUGUACGUCUUUUCCAAGUUGUAUGCUCUCCUUCUUUUCUCUUGUCUAAUUGCAUGUGCUAACACCUCCAGUUCAUUAUUAAGUAAUGGAGAUUAUAGGUAUCCUUGCUUUGUUCCUGAUCCUAAUGCGAAUGCCUUUUGUGUUUACCCACUAAGUAAGAUGCUGGUAUUAGGACUGACUGAAGUAUAUAUAUAAUGGUACAUUAAGAAAAUAUCCAUCAAUGACUGUUUCCUUAAGUGUUUUUAUCAGAAAUGGACAAACACUGCCCUUAAGCCCUGGAGUACUUACCCACUGACCUAAACACUGAUUGCCAGUUACUAAAACAAUGCAUUUCCAAAAUAUUACUAGCUCAACAUUAUGAAAAUCCAAUUUCAGAAAAAGCACUUAACACUGUAGAAGUAUCCAGACACUAAGCAUAAAUACUUUCUGAAGAAUAAGGUGCUUGUUAAGUAGGUUGACCACUGUCAGACACACAGUCUUUCUGGUUUGGGGAGCUUGCUGCACUCAUGUCAGCUGGGCACGGCUGCAGCAGCCAGCGUGGCAUCACCCGCUCCUGAGAGCAGCUUCGUGAGCUCCCAUCGUGAAGUGCUUUUACAUGAAUUGUUCCCCUGCCACGACACGCUGACGUGGCAAGUUCCUCAGUCAUCCAUUUGAGUUUGUAUCCUUCCUUGUGAAAGACUAAGGUACUAGUCUUUUUCAUAGUGUAUUUCUCAAUGCCGAGUGGGCCCAUAAGUUGCUUGGGUAAUUUUUUUUUUUUCUGGAAAGUAUGAAUUUAUUGGAAAGAUUUAAGUCCCUGGAAGCCUGUCUCUGUCCCUUGUGGGAGUUAGAUGAUGGCAGAGGAAGCACUGUGAUUGCAACAUCGAUGACAGGUUUUGCAUCGUGGGUGACACAUUCAUAUUGUUCAUCUCAUAUUAGAGGACGAGUUCAAUCCAUCUUAAUCUCAGUUUUAAUCACAGACAGGAUUCUAGAAAGUAUAAAUGUCUUCUCCUCCCAUGCUUUAAAACAGCUGGGACAUUUUGGGGUGCCGAAUACUGGCUUCUUGGCCCAUCUUUUCAGGACAGGGGACACUCCUAGUUGGGGAGAUGCUUUUGUGCCUCUGCCUUAUCUUAUGCUUAAUUUCUUCCCAGUUGGAGGCAGGAGGCAGACCCUAGAAAAAGGAGUUUUUUGGGAAAUUUACUUGCGAGGUUGCCUGAGACCUUUGUGAGGUCCUUGGUGAUGGAGGUAUAUUAAUCAGAUCUAAGACAUAGGGGAUGAUUGGCAAUAUCUGUUCCUUGAAGUAUAAUUCCUUGGUAAUGAACUCCUUUCUGUGGCCUAAAAGGCCUUACACUGUCCUUACUUGGGCACACACGUGCGUGCAUGUGUGUGAACGCAGGAGCAAGCCACUUUCCCCGCUGCUCACUACAGAGGCCACGCCAGCCUCACACUUCCUUAAACCUAAGUCAUUCUAUUUUCUACCUCAGGGUCUUUGCAUCUGCUUGGAAGGCUCUUUCCCCACUUUCUGAAAUGGCCACUGCUCCAUAGACGUUCAGGUCUGUCUCAGAGGUCACCUCCCCAGAGAGGCUUCUUCUGACCACCUCAUCUGAAAGAGCCCUCCCCACCACUGUCUGUCCCCCUACCCUGAUGUAUUUUCUCCGUAGCACAUUUCCUUGUCUAAAAGUGCCUUGUUUAUUUAUCGUAUUACAUGUUUGAAGUCUCUCUCCCUAGAAAGGAAGUUUCAAGCCAGGACCCUCGGUUGUUUUCUCCACUGUGCCCACAGCACCUGGAGUAAUGUCAGCCUGUUGUAAAUGUUCAGUAAACAUUUGUUGAAUGAAUAUAUGUAUUAAUCAAAUAUACUCUCAUUGCAUAAUGUCAUAUGUGGAUUCCAAAGACUGAAGUUCACACUUAUGUUAAGAGAGACAUUUUUGUUGCUUUAAAGUGAGACAGGUCAGGAUUAAAACUAGAAACAAUUUUGUGUUACUGUGAAGCAGUUAUUGUUUUGUUUUGUUUUAUUUCCCUGUAGCUUGACCUGAAAGAGUUAAAUGCUCAGCAUCAUCGGGAGCUGAGCAGAAUUUCAGCUCUUGUUGCCGUUCCUUUUCCGUUAGUAGAUUUUAGUCAUAUGUUCUGUUGUCAAAGACUGCUCGUAGGCAUUGGUAGCUUUUUAGCCCUUGUGGUGAAGUUGUGUGAAUUUUUAAAGUCCCAUAAAGAAGACACAAGGACUUUUAAAGACAUACCGUUUGAUGAAUUGCAAGAUUCAAUAUAGUGAAGAUGUCACAUCUCCUCAGAUUGAUCUAUAGAUUUGAAACAAUUCCAAUCAAAAUCCCAGCAGGAUUUUCUUGUAAAUACAAGCUGAUUCUAAAAUUUAUAUGGAAAGGUAAAGGAACUAGAAUAGCCAAAACAGUUUUGAAAAAGAAUAAAGUUAGAGGCAUCACACCAACUGAUGUUAUAAUGUAGAUUUUAAAUACAGAUUAAUAAAGCUAUGAUCAUCAAGAGCUUUGAGUUGGUGGAAGGAUAGACACAUAGAUCAAAAAAGGUAAUUAAAUGGAGAAAGGAUAGCCUUUUUUUCUUUUUUUUAAAGUAACCAGAAGUAUUUAAAAUACUCUUUUUUUUUAAAUUUAUUUUUGGCUGCGUUGGGUCUCUGUUGCGGCACACAGGCUUUCUCUAGUUGCGGCGACUGGGGGGGCUGCUCUUCAUUGCGGUGCACGGGCUUACUGUGGUGGCUUCUCUUGUUGCGGAGCACAGGCUGUAGGUGCACGGCCUUCAGUAGUUGUGGCGCAUGGACUCUAGAGCACAGGCUCAGUAGUUGUGGCACACGGGCCUAGGUGCUCUGCGGCACGUGGGAUCUUCCCGGACCAGGGCUCGAACCUGUGUACCCUGCAUUGGCAGGCGGAUUCUUAACCACAGUGCCACCAGGGAAGUCCAGAUAAAGGAUGGUCUUUUCAACAAAUAGUAUUGGAAAAAUUGGACAUCCAUUUGCCAAAAAAAAAAAUUUACCUAAAUCUCCUGCCUUAUAUAGAAAUGAACUCAAAAUGGAUCACAGGUCUAAAUGUAAAACUAUAACACUUUUAUUUUUUAUUUAUUUAUUUUAAAAUUUAUUUAUUUGGCUGUGCCGGGUCUUAGUUGUGGCAUGAGGGAUCCUUUAGUUAAGGCAUGCAGGCUCUUAGUUGCAGCGUGCAUGUGGGAUCUAAUUUCCUGACCAGGGAUCGAUCCUGGGCCCCCUGCAUUGAGAGCGUGGAGUCUUAACCACUGGACCACCAGGGAAGUCCCUAUAACACUUUUAGAAGAAAACAGAAGAUAUCUUGACCUGGGACUGGGCAAAGAGUUCUUAUAGAUGACAUCAAAAGCAUGAACCAUGAAAGAAAAAAAAUGAUUAAAUGCAUUUCAUCAGGGUCCACAACUAUUGAGCUCCCACGCCUCAGUGAGAGAGCCCGCGUGCUGCAAACUACAGAGCCCACGUGCUCUGGAGCCUGUGUGCCACAACUAGAGAGAAGCCUGAGCACUGCAGCGCAGAGACAGCUCACAGUAACGAAAGAUCCCACAUGCCUUAAAGAUCCUGUGUGCUGCAACUAAGACCCGACACAGCCAAAAAAAUAAGGAAAAUAAAUAAAUAUUUUUUAAAAAAGGAUUUCAUCACAAGUAAAAACUUUUGCUUUACAAAAGACACUCACUGGUAAGUGAAUGAAAUAGCAGGUAGAGACUGGGAAAAAUAUUUGCAAAUCACAUAUGCAAGAAAAGACUUUUAUCCAAAAUAUAUGAAGGACUCUCAAAAUUCAGUAGUUAAGAAAACAAACAACACAAUUAAAACAUAGGUAUGAGACUUUGUAAAGAGACACUUCACCAAAGAAGAUAUGUGAAUGGCAAAUAGGCACAUGAAAAGAUGCUCAACAUCAUUAUUAGCCAUUAGGGAAAUGCAAAUUAAAGCUGUGAUGAGAUAUCAUUAUACACUUCUUAGAAUGUCUUAAAAAAAAAAAUACCAUGUGAUGAGAAUGCGGAGCAGCAAGAACGGUCGUGCGUUACCUGUGGGAGGCAAGUGGCGCGCCGCUCUGCAAAGCAGUUUGGCAGCUUCGUAUGAAGUUAAACAGCAGUCUCACUCCUAGGUGUUUACCCUGGAGAUAUGAAAAGUUAUGUUCACACAGAAACCUGCCCAUGAGUGUUUAUGACAGCUCUCUUCAGAAUUGCCCAAAACUGGAAACAGCCCAGAUGCCCUUAAGGGGAUGAAUGGAUAAACUAUACUAUGUCCAUGUGACGGAAUACUGCUCUACAAUAAAAAGGGACCAACUGUUGAUGCUCGCACCAGCUUGGAUGAAUCUCAAAGGCGUAAUGCUGAGUGAGAGAAGCCAGUCUCAAAAGGAGCAGCAACCAAGCUGGACGGAUGACCUGCCGCUCUGCCACCUCUCUGGAGUUGGCUCAGCCUCCAACCGCAGCUACUCUGCCGAUGGCAAGGGCACUGAGAGCCACCCACCAGAGGACAACUGGCUCAAGUUCAGGAGUGAGAACAACUGCUUCCUGUACGGGGUCUUCAACGGCUACGAUGGCAACCGGGUAACCAACUUCGUGGCCCAGCGGCUGUCUGCGGAGCUCCUGCUGGGCCAGCUCAGCGCCGAGCACACUGAGGCCGACGUGCGGCGGGUCCUGCUGCAGGCCUUCGAUGUGGUGGAGAGGAGCUUCCUAGAGUCCAUCGAUGAUGCGUUGGCAGAGAAGGCGAGCCUCCAGUCCCAGCUGCCUGAGGGCGCCCCUCAGCACCAGCUGCCCCCUCAGUAUCAGAAGAUCCUCGAAAGACUCAAGACGUUGGAGAAGGAGAUUUCGGGAGGAGCCAUGGCCGUGGUGGCGGUCCUUCUCAACAACAGGCUCUAUGUCGCCAAUGUCGGUACGAACCGUGCGCUUUUAUGCAAAUCCACGGGGGAUGGUCUUCAGGUGACACAGUUGAACGUGGACCACACCACGGAGAAUGAGGAUGAGCUCUUCCGGCUCUCACAGCUGGGUUUGGAUGCAGGAAAGAUCAAGCAAGUGGGCGUCAUCUGUGGGCAGGAGAGCACCAGGCGCAUUGGGGACUACAAGGUCAAAUACGGCUACACUGACAUCGACCUACUCAGCGCUGCCAAGUCCAAGCCCAUCAUCGCGGAGCCUGAAAUCCACGGUGCACAGCCCCUGGAUGGGGUGACUGGCUUCCUGGUGCUGAUGUCUGAGGGGCUGUACAAGGCCCUGGAGGCAGCCCACGGGCCUGGGCAGGCCAACCAGGAGAUUGCCGCCAUGAUCGACACGGAGUUCGCCAAGCAGACGUCCCUGGAUGCAGUGGCCCAGGCCGUGGUGGACCGGGUGAAGCGCAUCCACAGUGACACCUUCGCCAGUGGCGGGGAGCGUGCCAAGUUCUGCCCAAGGCACGAGGACAUGACCCUGCUGGUGCGGAACUUUGGGUACCCCCUGGGAGAGAUGAGCCAGGCCUCACCCACCCCAGCCCCAGCUGCAGGAGGACGCGUGUACCCCGUAUCAGUGCCUUACUCAAGCGCCCAGAGCACCAGCAAAACCAGCGUGACCCUGUCCCUCGUCAUGCCCUCCCAGGGCCAGCUAGUCAACGGGGCCCACAGCGCCUCCACCCUGGACGAAGCCACUCCCACCCUCACCAACCAGAGCCCGACCCUGACCCUGCAGUCCACCAACACGCACACCCAGAGCAGCAGCUCCAGCUCUGACGGGGGCCUUUUCCGCUCCCGGCCCGCCCACUCGCUCCCGCCCGGCGAGGAUGGCCGCGUCGAGCCUUACGUGGACUUUGCGGAGUUCUACCGCCUCUGGAGCGUGGACCAUGGCGAGCAGAGUGUGGUGAUGGCGCCGUAGCCCGGCCGCGGAGUGCAGCCCGAGCAAGACCUUGUCUGGGGACGGGGCCCAGCUCCGGCAGGACGGGCCUUUUCCUGCCAUUUGCCUGUGCCCCAGGGGCCAGCAGGGCCUGGUGCUCAGCCUGCAUUGUACUCUCACUCCACAGCCUGUGGUGCUGUAGAGAAUGUUCUCUCAGUGCACCAACGCAGACCGGACCCCUUGCCACGGCGGCAGCACAGGGGCCGGAGGCUCAGUCCCCCGGCAGCCUCAGCCACGACCAUGGCUGUUUCUCAGAACAAGGGGCACAAGGGCGGCAGCCCACAAGCCCCGCGAGUGGCAGCCACUGCUUUCCCAAGGCCACCCCCUUCCCGACACCAUCUCCCCUGGUGGAGCCUGUGGCCACUGCUAGCACCCCCUCGCCCCUGGGGGGUGGUUCUCGCCUUCUCCAGCCGGCCUCCAGAGUGGAACCCCAGUUGGCGUCUGCACCUUCGAGGCCUGCACCCGUCCCUGGGCCCCGUCCCUAGGCCUCUUUGGGCUCAGGGGCACUGAGAUGGCUGCAGAGAGGGCAGUCAGGUGGAAAGGAACCGGAGAGAACUGGUCCAAGAGGAGCACUGGUCCUGGAGCCCACCAGAGUGGGCAGGCUGGGCAGGGCUGGCUCCCCAGGGCCGGGUGAAGAGGGGAGGUGUGCCCGGCCUGAGUGGGGGCAGGGGCCGCCCUUGUCAGGCCCCUCCGGGAGUGGCGAGGCCCUGAAUCGGGGUGAGCCAGUUCUGCUCUGCUUUUCCCCGCUGGAGCUGGGGAGGGCCCCAGGGUGGGAGCUGCUAAGACUGCAGUCUUAACCACUGACUGUGAGUCUCUGCCAGCGCUACGAUAACAGACAGGUCUUAGGCCAGGCCUCGGGGCUCACUGGAAACAGAGAACAGUGGAGAAUGGUUCCAAAAGGUCCUGGAGACCUGCUGCUCUGGGUGGUCGAGGGCUUUGGAGACGUGCACUGUUUUUACAGACACUUAGGGUCGGGAUCAGGCCAGCCCAGGCCCUCAGUGAGACCAUUUCAUGCAUGUUCUCUGCGUUCAGUGGGGAAGGGGUACCACCAGGGCUGUCAGCUGGAAUUGCCCUUCGUAUUUUCAGAGGAGGAAGCAGGCUCAGGAGACUCUCACCUUGUCCAAGUCACGCAGUCAGUGGUGGAGCAGAACUCAAACUUUCUUGUCAGUCUCUGAGGCCCCCCUGGGUUUUUGCCAACACCCCCCCACCUGGUGCCCAGCCUCCUGCCCCAUGAUGCCCCAGACACAGCUCACCAGGGACUGGCUGCUGUGCACGGCCUCCAGUGUGCUUGGACUCUGAAAAGUCGAAGGCCAGUUCCAAGGUCCCAUGUGGUCCAGGAACAUGUUUUCCUGUGGCAGGGCGGGGCCCAUUGUGGUGCCGGUUUCCGAGGGGAGCCGCGGCAUGAGCAGAGGAAAAGCGGAUCUCGGCAGAGGGCCCUGACCCCCCUCCACUACGAAGCCAUCUCCUUGUGCAGGUGAGCAGAUUCAAAAUCAGUCACAGAGGCUUGGGCACAAAGGGAUCCUCUUCCGAGAACGUCUCUCUAUGCUGUUUGGUCUCUAGAGAUAGAAUCACUUUUUUACGUCAGUAAAGAGAUAAUAAAGGGUGGUAUAAUGUGUCGUGCUGUUAA